CAAACAAACCCCACGAGUCAAGACAUUAAUUUCCAAAUCCGUAUUUAUUGCUUUCUCCUCUUGACUAAGCAAAAUGCUGAAGAAAGUGAGGCGAAAGGUCAAAUCAUUCGUCACCAAACCCUUUAAAAAGUCUAAUAAGAGCAGACCUUCAAGACCUCCAUCACCACCAGAUCCACCACCACCACCUACUCUUCCUCUUCUUACACCAUCUCCGACGCCUCAAGAGAUGUCUUCAUCGAGACAAAGGAACGCUCCGUUUCUCUUCCCGAGAUCCGAAUCAUCCGUCUUACCCGACCCGUCUCGUUUCUUCAGCCACGAUCUCCUCUCAACUCCUCUCCCAACAAACUCCUUCUUCCAAAACUUCACCCUCAAAAACGGCGACCAAGCCGAGUACUUCCACCCUUACAUCGUCAAACCAUCUCCUUCAUCUCUCUCCAUUUCGUACCCGACUCUCUCCCACAACUCCGCCUUCAUCUUCGAGGCUUUCAACGCCGACAUCACCGUCUCCGGGUCGGACGGACCCGACCCGCAUUCGAGGAAGACUCAUCUGAUCUCUUCCUUCAGCGAUCUCGGCGUCACUCUCGAUUUCCCUUCCUCUAACCUCAGAUUCUUCCUUGUCAGAGGAAGCCCCUUCAUCACCUGCUCUGUCUCCGACAGCAACUCCUCGAUCACAAUCUCAACGAUCCACGCGGUUUUGUCGUUUUCCUGCAACAGCUCAUCCACCAAGUACACCGCUAAGCUCAACAACAACCAGACCUGGCUGAUCUACGCCUCUUCCCCGGUUCACUUAAAUCAAACCGGAGGCUCUUCAAUUAACUGCAGUCCUGGAUUUUCCGGUAUUCUCCGGUUCGCCGUACUACCCGAUCCAAGCCCUGAUUUUGAAUCGAUCCUCGACCGGUUUAGCUGCUGUUACCCAGUCUCCGGCGACGCUGAUUUAACAAAGCCGUUCACUUUGGAGUAUAACUGGGAGAAGCGAGGCUACGGAGACCUCUUAAUGCUCGCUCACCCUCUCCACCUGAAGCUUCUAUCAACCGACGACUGUUCAAUCUCCGUCCUAGAGAGCUUCCGUUACAGAAGCAUCGACGGAGAUUUGGUCGGCGUCGUCGGAGAUUCAUGGGUUUUGAGACCGGACCCCGUUUCGGUGACGUGGCACUCCAUCAAAGGAGUAGAGGAAGAUCGUCGCGAGGAGAUCAUCUCCGCUCUCGUUAAAGACGUCAACGCGUUGGACUCCUCCGCUCCGGUAACGAACUCGUCGUACUUCUACGCGAAACUGAUCGCGCGAGCCGCGAGGUUGGCUCUGAUCGCCGAAGAAGUCUGCUACCUCGACGCGAUUCCGGCGAUCAGGAAGUAUCUGAGGAGCAUGAUCGAGCCGUGGCUGGACGGGACUUUCGAGCCGAACGGGUUCCUUUACGACCCCACGUGGGGAGGCGUGAUCACGAAGCAAGGGUCGAGAGACCCCGGAGCUGACUUCGGGUUCGGGGUUUACAACGACCAUCAUUACCAUCUCGGCUACUUCCUCUACGCGAUCGCCGUGCUGGCCAAGAUCGAUCCUUUGUGGGGGAAGAGGUACAGGCCUCAGGCGUAUGCUCUGAUGGCGGAUUUCAUGACGCUGGGGAAGAAGAAGAAGAAAGGAGCGAGCUUUGUUAGUUCCGGUUCGGUUUACCCGCGUCUGAGAUGCUUUGAUCUCUUCAAGCUUCAUUCUUGGGCUGGUGGGCUGACGGAGUUCGCCGACGGGAGGAACCAGGAGAGCACGAGCGAGGCUGUGAACGCUUAUUACUCCGCUGCUUUGUUGGGGUUGGCUUACGGGGAUACGCAUCUGGUGGCGGCGGCUUCGACGGUUUUGACGUUAGAGAUUCACGCCGCGAAGAUGUGGUGGCAGGUGAAAGAAGGCGACACUAUUUAUCCGGCAGACUUCACGGCGGAGAAUCGUGUGGUUGGGGUUUUAUGGUCGACGAAGAGAGACAGUGGCUUAUGGUUCGCACCAAAGGAAUGGAAAGAGUGUCGGCUUGGGAUACAGUUAUUACCGAUACUCCCAGUGUCGGAGAUUCUGUUCUCGGAUGUGAAGUUCGUGAAGCAACUCGUGAAUUGGACUAUGCCGGCGUUGGCGAGAGAGGGUGUCGGAGAAGGGUGGAAAGGGUUUGUGUAUGCUUUGGAGAGUAUUUACGACAAAGAUGGAGCGAUGGAGAAGGUUAGAGGAUUAAAUGGGCAUGAUGAUGGGAACUCUCUGAGUAAUCUGUUGUGGUGGAUUCAUAGUAGAGGUGGUGGUGAUGAUGAUGACUACGACGAUGAAGGUGGGUACGGAGGUCAUGACGGUGGCGGGAAGUAUUGCUCGUUUGGUCAUUAUUGUAAUUAAGCUUCUAAGUUGUCUUUUUGGUUUGUUAAAUAAAACAAUGUUUAAUA